ACCAUUCUUUCUCGCUUCACUUCUCUGAUCGCCUCUCCACGCCUGCAAGCAGAAGCGCGAGACGUUUUUUUGUUCUUUCCCCUUUUUUAUAGAGCCUCCGUCAUGGAGCGUCGAUCACGGAGCUGGGCCAUCGGCCUGAGCUUCAUUGGGUUCUUUGCCCUCCUGUUCUCGCUGGGCUUCGUCCAGCAGGUGAAGGCGGACGAGGUCUCGGAGUAUGGGACGGUCAUCGGUAUUGAUCUGGGCACCACAUACUCAUGUGUGGGUGUGAUGCAGAAGGGCAAGGUCGAGAUUCUGGUGAAUGAUCAAGGAAACCGUAUCACGCCGUCUUAUGUCGCCUUUACCGAUGAGGAGAGACUGGUCGGAGACGCCGCCAAGAACCAGGCCGCGGCAAACCCCCACAGGACAAUCUUCGACAUCAAGCGCCUGAUCGGCCGCAAGUUCUCCGAGAAGGAGGUCCAGACCGACAUCAAGCACUUCCCCUACAAGGUCGUUUCCAAGGAUGACAAGCCUGUCGUCAAGGUCGAGGUUGGCGGCGUUGAGAAGACUUUCACUCCCGAGGAGAUCUCCGCCAUGGUUCUUGCCAAGAUGAAGGAGACUGCCGAGGCCUACCUCGGAAAGAAGGUCACCCACGCCGUCGUCACGGUUCCGGCCUACUUCAACGACAAUCAGCGUCAGGCCACCAAGGACGCCGGCAUGAUCGCUGGUCUCAACGUCCUCCGUAUCGUCAACGAGCCCACUGCUGCCGCUAUUGCCUACGGUCUGGACAAGACCUCGGGCGAGCGCCAGAUCAUCGUCUACGACCUUGGCGGUGGUACUUUCGAUGUCUCGCUUCUCUCCAUCGACCAGGGUGUCUUCGAGGUCCUGGCUACCGCCGGUGACACCCACCUUGGUGGCGAGGACUUCGACCAGCGCAUCAUCAACCACUUCGCCAAGACGUUCAACAAGAAGCACGGUGUCGAUGUCACCACCGACUCCAAGGCCAUGGGCAAGCUCAAGCGCGAGGCCGAGAAGGCCAAGCGCACUCUGUCGAGCCAAAUGUCCACUCGCGUCGAGAUCGAGGCCUUCUUCCAGGGCAAGGACUUCAGCGAGACGCUGACCCGGGCCAAGUUCGAGGAGCUCAACAACGACCUCUUCAGGAAGACCCUGAAGCCAGUCGAGCAGGUGCUCAAGGACGCCAAGAUCAGCAAGAGCGACAUCGACGACAUCGUCCUCGUCGGCGGUUCGACCCGUAUCCCCAAGGUCCAGGCCCUCAUCGAGGAAUUCUUCGGCGGCAAGACUGCCAGCAAGGGUAUCAACCCCGAUGAGGCCGUUGCCUUCGGCGCCGCCGUCCAGGCCGGUGUUCUGAGUGGCGAGGAGGGCACGGAGGAGAUCGUGCUCAUGGACGUCAACCCGCUUACCCUCGGUAUCGAGACCACGGGCGGUGUCAUGACCAAGCUCAUCCCCCGCAACACCCCCAUCCCGACUCGCAAGAGCCAGAUCUUCUCGACCGCCGCCGACAACCAACCGGUUGUGCUGAUCCAGGUCUACGAGGGUGAGCGCUCGAUGACCAAGGACAACAACUUGCUCGGCAAGUUCGAGCUCACCGGCAUCCCGCCGGCGCCCCGUGGCGUGCCCCAGAUUGAGGUCUCGUUUGAGCUCGACGCCAACGGUAUCCUCAAGGUCUCUGCCCACGACAAGGGCACUGGCAAGGGCGAGUCCAUCACCAUCACCAACGACAAGGGCCGCCUCACCCAGGAGGAGAUCGACCGCAUGAUCGCCGAGGCGGAGAAGUACGCCGAGGAGGACAAGGCGACGCGCGAGCGCAUCGAGGCUCGCAACAGCCUGGAGAACUACGCCUUCAGCCUGAAGAACCAGGUCAACGACGAGGAGGGCCUGGGCAAGAAGAUCUCCGAGGAGGACAAGGAGACUAUCUUGGAAGCUGUCAAGGAGGCCCAGGACUGGCUCGAGGAGAACGCUUCCACCGCCACCACAGAGGACUUUGAGGAGCAGAAGGAGAAGCUGUCCAACGUGGCCUACCCCAUCACGAGCAAGCUGUACUCGGGCGGCGCGGCCGCCGGCGGCGAGGAUGAGCCGGAGGGCCAUGACGAGCUUUAAAAAGAGUAAUUUGAGCAGUGUACUUAGUACCAUAGAGAUUCCCCAUUUUUUUUUCUUCUGUUUUGAUCCUCCCGGUUGUCGGUGUGUGGCAUA